AUGAGACGGAAGACCAGAAAAUUAAAACCGGUUUUGAAGAAUCCAAAAGUGACUAAAAAGAAAACAAGGAAAGCUGCCAAAAGCGAUUCAUCCUCAGAUGAAGGACUAGAGGCACCAACAUUGGAUGACUCUUUAGAUGAUAUGGACGACGAUGACCAGACUUACAUCGGUUGUGACGAAAUAUAUUCCCAAACCACAAAGUCUGACUACUGGGUUAAUUGCAUACGUUGCUCCAAAUGGUUUCACGAUUCGUACUCCAAGUUUGUCAACUUUUGCCACGACUGUGGUGUUGUUAUAUGCAAAACAAAGUGA